CUUUAUACUAUCUUGUAUACUGUCAUCAUCACAUCAAUGUUCAUCAUGCUGGCUCUGCUGGCUCUCUCCUCUCUUGCCUCUUCUCUCCCCACCCAACCCCCGUCUCUCUCCUUCAGCGUCAGCCAGGCAUCUCGACCAUCCCAACCCAUUAAUCUCGCAGCCCAGUACGCCAACACCCUCUCCAGAUACGGGGGGGAGGUCUCGGCGCAGCUCAAGGCCGCCGCGCUGAAUGGAACGGCCGUGACGAGCCCCGAGGCAAACGACCUCGAGUACUUGACGCCGGUGACGAUUGGGAAUGUGACUUUUCACCUUGACUUUGACACGGGAUCUGCAGAUCUAUGGGUCUAUUCAGAUGAACUCCCCACCGACGAACAGACCGGCCACGCAGUCUACGCCACCACCGACUCGAAGCUACUCCCUGGAUCGAGCUGGGAGAUCUUAUACGGCGACGGCAGCUCCGCCGGCGGGGAUGUCUUCGCCGACACCGUCGUGGUGGGCGGGUUGACCGCCACGAUGCAAGCUGUUGAAGCCGCGGCGACGUUGAGCGCCGAGUUUGAGAGAGAUGCGCAUUCCGAUGGACUUUUAGGCCUUGCUUUUAGCACUCUCAAUAUGGUGAAGCCCCAGAAACAAUCCACCUUCUUCGACAACGUGAAAAGCCAGCUCGAUCUGCCCGUUAUAGCGACCUCGCUAAAACACGGCGCACCGGGAACGUACGAUUUCGGAUUCAUCGAUGAGAACAAAUAUACAGGGCCGUUGACGUACGUGGAUGUCGAUUCCUCACGGGGAUACUGGACCUUCACGGCGGAUGCGUACGCAUUCGGGGAUGACCAGAUCUCUACCUCUCUUACUGGAAUUGCAGACACCGGGACAACCCUGAUACUGCUCCCCUCCGAUACCGUGAGCAGGUACUACGCAAACGUGUCGGGAGCACAGGAUUCACCCCUCCACGGCGGCUACGUCUUCCCAUGCGACUCGAAACUUACCCCCUUCACCCUCGUUGUCGCGGGCAACCACUCCGUCACCGUGCCGGGGGAGUUGAUCAACUAUGCCCCCGUGGGGAGUGUGAGUAAUCUGUGUUUUGGCGGGAUCCAGGCCGCCUCGGGACUCGUCGAUAUCAACAUCUUCGGCGACGUCUUUCUCAAGUCGCAGUAUGUGGUUUUUGAUGCAGGGAGCCAGGGAGGUCCGCGGCUAGGGUUUGCAAAUCAAAAGUAGACUCCUCUGUCACCUUCACUAGUAUACUCUGUAUAGUGUAGUGUAGUGUACUCUGUAUGAUCUAUAUCUCCU